ACGAUUCCGGGUUCGGAAAAGCGAUCCACUCAUGAAAUCCCCAAGGAGAAAGCCGGUUUGUAUGCUUUAUUGGCUAAUAAUUUGGAGCAUUACAAGUCCGAUAUCAGCAGCAACUUGGCAAAAUCCAAUUCAAAGAUUAGUGCUGGCUCGGGUACAAGCGGAUAUGCUGAUGUGGUCGUUGAUGCUGAAGAUGAGAAGGUGACACAAUGGCAUGGUUCGAGUGACGCAGCUCUGGAGGAUGAGCCAUUUUAUCAUGGUUAUAUGGCUCGAGCAGAAGCCGAGAAGAUUAUUACGAAGGAUGGCGAAUUUCUCGUGCGAAAAGCAGAAGUCAGAGGCAGAGAGACCCCACAAACUCUUAUAAGAUAUCACAUGGCAUUGAAAGAACCUGUUUAUAACAAGAACGUCAUCCUAAAGAGCUACAUAACCACUGGUACUUUACUUGGUCACGGUGCAUUUGGUGAAGUGUACAAAGGAACGCUCACCGUCGGACUUUUCACAAAACCAAUCGAAGUGGCUGUCAAAACCUUGAAGAGUGGCACUUUGAACAGUGAUGAUAGUCCGUCAAUGGCCACUAACGCCAAAUAUCACACAGACACAACGCUCUACUGCCAACAAAAGACGUUGUAA